AUGGUGGAAAGUAUGAUUCUAUUAAAAGAAUCCUUGAAAGAAGCUCUAAACGGAAAUAUCUGUAACCAAGAUGGAUUAUUGUGUGUUUCUGAAGAGAUGAUACUUGAAUAUCUAAAAGACUCUGCAUCCUCUUGCUUGGAAAUUGUAAUUAUUGAGGAAGGAAUUAAAUUUAAUAAAAGCUAUGGGAGUUUAGGGAUAUUUAUGCUUUCAUUUAUGAUUGAAAUUCUUGAUAGAUGUCCAUACUCUUCGUGAUUUAAAGCUGCUAAAGCUCUCAACGCAUCAAAGUUGAAAAUUGAAAGAGAAUUAAAUGCGAAUUUAGCUAGACUGAAUUUUACAGAAAUGAGCCUAAUACUUGACAUUCUAAGCCAGUCAUUAUAUAAGCUUCGCCCUUUUACAAAUAAAAGAAAUUUAUGUUUGAUUAUUCUCGAAUGCUUCUUAAAAACAAUUGAUUGUUCAGAUGACAAUAUUCCUUAUCUAUCGAAUCGAGUUUCAUUUUUAAGAAUAAAUUCUAGUUCACUCUCUCCAAUUUCUCAAUAUAAUGGAUUUCUCUUCGAAGUGCCUUAUAAUUUAAAAGUAAAAGAGCAGAGAUAUCUUGUAGUGUUAUAUAUUGAAUCGAUUUUGCCUGAGUCAUUUACAGCCUCUGAUAAAAAUGCAUCAGCUAUAGUAAAUUUCGAUGAAUUUUCUUCCCUAUUUGGCUCAAUUGUCCAAAUGCAUACUGAUUUAAAUAUAAAUCUUAUUCUUUGUCAAAAGAUUAUUCCCCAAAAAUUGAAGAUGAUGUUUUAUGUAAUGCUCAUAUAG